AGUAAACAACAGUACGAAACGAGUAAGUAAAAAAACUCGGAAAAGAAAAGUAAAAGAGAGCGAUGGAGGCGAGGGUAGUGCCCCAAGACGAGGAGUCCGGCCUUCUCCCCCGCCGGCCAUCCUCCGCCGCCCCCCGCUUCCCCCCUCCACCGGACGUCUGGGCGACGGUGGACGGCCCCUUGGGGCUGCCGCUGGAGGAGGCGGAGGGCCAUGCUCGGCGCUUCUUCCUGUGGGGGUUCGCGUGCCUUCCCUUCCUCUGGGCUAUCAACUGCUGCUACUUCUGGCCCAUCCUCCGCUCCCCGGCCGCAUCCUCGCCCGCCACCUUCGCCCCCAUCCGCCCCUAUAUUGUGCGAUCCGCAAUUGGCUUCACCAUCUUCUCUUUGGUACUGAUCACCUGGGCCACGACUUUUAUAGUCGGAGGCGAGCGAUUGUUCGGACCAGUGUGGAAUGAUCUAGUAAUGUACAAUGUUGCCGAUAAGCUUGGCAUCUCCGGAUUCAUGGGAUAGCCUCCAUUGACUUGCUCUGACCAUUCGAUUGUCGCACCUGUUGUACUCCAAUAUUGCUUUUCUUUGGAAAAGCUAGUUUCGUCCACCUGGGACUUGAUACUGUUUGCUGUACUGUAAUAUUAGUGUGGCUCGUGUUGUAGAAAGAGAAGGAUCAACGAUGUGUUGUUUGUUGGAGAGGUUAUAUUACCAGAGACAGUAUCAGCCUCCACAGGUGAAUAGCGAUGUGUGGAAUGGGACUCAACUCGAUAGGAAAUCAGAAUGUUUUGUGUUCCUAGACA